CUUCCCUCCCUCUUUAAUAUCGAGUUCCGCAAUCAAAGAGCGCUGUUUGGAGACGGGGAGUUGAGGCUCGAGUCAAAAAGUCCGCGUCGCUUGGUUCUCAGCGCGAUGGAGCGCGCAAACCAUCAUCAAAACCUCACGAGCCGCUUCAGUAGGCUUCAGAUUCAAAUGGACGGAGAGGAGUUGAGCGCUCAAGAGACUGCUCUCUACGAUCGCCAGAUCCGCGUCUGGGGCGUCGAUGCUCAAAAGAGGUUAAGCAAGACUCAUGUCCUGGUAAAUGGAUUGAAUGGCACUGCUGUCGAGUUCUGCAAGAAUAUUGUCCUCGCUGGAGUUGGGAGUUUGACUAUUAUGGAUGACCGUAUAGUUACAGAAGAUGCUCUUAAUGCAAACUUCUUAAUCCCUCCCGAUGCGGUUAAAGAUGAAGGAAGUUCCCUUGCUGAACUUUGUUGUGAUUCUCUCAAGGAGUUCAACCCGAUGGUUCAUGUUUCAGUUGAAAGAGGUGACUUGACACAGCUUGAUGACGAAUUUUUUGACAAGUUUGAUGUUGUAGUUGUCAGCUGUUGCCCAUUUAACAAUAAAAAAUUGAUUAAUGACAAAUGCCGAAAGAGACAAAAGCGAGUUGGAUUUUAUUCAGUUGAUUGCAGGGGUUCUUGUGGCGAAAUCUUUGUUGAUUUGCAAGACUACAGCUAUGAACAGAAGAAAACUGAUUGCAAAUCUGGAUGUCAUUUGCAGUAUCCAAGCUUCGAGGCAGCAAUAUCUGUUCCUUGGAGGGAUCUUCCUCGGAAAGUGUCCAAAUUAUACUUUGCUCUGAGAGUGAUUGAGAAGUUUGAGUUAUGCGAAGGACGCAAUCCUGGUGAUACAUCUACUUCUGAUCUUCCAGUUGUUCUAAAGCUGCGGAAAGAAUCUUGUGAUGCACAGUCUUUAAAUGAAACACAUAUUCCUACCGGCCUCUUGGAGCGCUUACUAGCAGCUGGUGCAAAGGAACAUCCUCCUCUUUGUGCAAUCUUAGGUGGAAUCCUUGGCCAGGAAGUCAUCAAAGCAGUAUCUGGAAAGGGUGAUCCUUUGAAGAACUUUUUUUACUUUGAUGUUGCUGAUGGCAAAGGAGUGAUUGAGGAUAUAUCUCCACCUCCAACAAAUGCUGACGGUACCAAUGGCCAGCCUUGAGCCUUCUGUUCAAAGAAGUUAUCUAAUUUUGUGUCUUGCCGCUAACUCCACGAGAGGAUCAUUUCUUGUAACUUUGUGAAUUGUUCGCUCAUUAUGUGUAGAUGCUCGAGAUUGCAGCUUAUUUUGUAGAUUGGGUAGUUAAUCCUCAAGGAAAAAGUUAUCUCGAAUUUUAUAAGUAGUACAUUUCAUGGACCGACUUAUUAACACUUUA